AUGGUCGCCACUAUCAAGAAGUACAAGGCUGCUGCCGUCAACGCCGAGCCUGGAUGGCUCAACCUUGAGCUCUCAGUUCAGAAGACCAUCCACUGGAUCAACGAAGCCGGCCAGAAUGGCUGCAAGUUGAUUGCCUUCCCGAACUCUGAGUCUCUGCCCCUCCUCAAGAAGUACCGCGAGAACAGUCUUCCCAGCGACGGCCCUGAGAUGCACCGCAUCCGUGCUGCUGCAAAAGAGAAUCAGAUCUUUGUUUCUCUUGGCUACUCCGAGGUUGAUCUCAACUCGCUUUACACUACCCAGAUCUUGAUCUCACCAACUGGUGACAUUCUCAACCACCGCCGCAAGAUUCGUGCCACUCAUGUCGAGAGACUUGUUUUCGGAGACGGCACUGGUGACACCACUGAGUCGGUCGUCGAUACCGAGAUUGGUCGCAUCGGCCAGCUCAACUGCUGGGGUGAGUGCAAUAGAAUGACACUGGGAUCACAUCGGCUAACUCGACCAANNGAAAACAUGAACCCCUUCCUCAAGUCCUACGCCGUCAGCAAGGGCGAGCAAGUUCAUAUCGCCGGCUGGCCCCUCUACCCUCACGCCACAACCCUCAAGUACCCCGACCCCUACACCAACAUCUCCGAUGCCAACGCCGACAUCGUUACUCCCGCCUACGCCAUCGAGACCGGCUCUUUCACUCUUGCUCCCUUCCAGAUGAUUUCCAAGGAAGGUGUUGAUCUGCAAACCCCUCCUGGCAAGGAACGCGAAGACCACAGAAUCUACAAUGGAAACACUAGGAUCUAUGGUCCUGAUGGUCAGCUCUUGAUCACCAAGCCUGACGAUGACUUUGAGGGUUUGGUGUAUGUUGAUAUUGAUCUCGACGAGACACACUUGAGCAAGGCUUUGAACGAUNUUCGUGAGUUACCUCCAGUAUUGUCUACGCUGCUUGGAAACAAUGCUAACCAAUCUACAAAACAGGGUGGUCACUACAUGCGUCCCGACCUUCUUCGCCUUGUCGUUGAUACUGACCGCAAGAGCUUGGUCAACAGAGUCGAUGGAAGUGGCAAGUUCAUUGUCGAGAAGACAGUCGAUCGUGUGGGCUUGAGCACUCCUUUCAAAGACCUGCCCAUUGCUCAGAAGAGUGAGGGCACCUCCACUUCUCAGGACCAGGAGUAA